CGGAGGCCACGCCCCCUCCGCCCCGAGCCGAGCCGAGCGGAGCCGAAAGGAGGCGAACGGGUGCCGAGCGGUCCGCUGCUCCCCACCAUGCCGGGCCUGCUGCUGGGCGACGAGGCGCCCGACUUCGAGGCGGACACCACGCAGGGCCGCAUCCGCUUCCACGACUUCCUGGGCGACUCAUGGGGCAUCCUCUUCUCCCAUCCGCGGGACUUCACGCCCGUCUGCACCACGGAGCUGGGCCGGGCGGCCAAGCUGGCACCCGAGUUCAGCAAACGCAACGUGAAGAUGAUCGCCCUCUCCAUUGACAGCGUCCCCGACCACCUCGCCUGGAGCAAGGACAUCAAUGCAUACAAUGGAGAUCAACCUGUGGAGAAGCUCCCCUUCCCCAUCAUUGCUGAUAAGAACCGAGAGCUCGCCGUCAAGCUGGGCAUGCUGGACCCGGAUGAGCGGGACAAGGACGGCAUGCCCCUGACUGCUCGUGUGGUGUUCAUAUUCGGCCCUGAUAAGAAGCUGAAACUCUCCAUCCUGUACCCAGCCACUACUGGGAGAAAUUUUGAUGAGAUCCUGAGAGUGGUGGACUCACUGCAGCUGACAGCAUACAAGAAGGUUGCUACCCCUGUGGACUGGAAGUGUGGUGACAGCGUCAUGGUUGUGCCCACCUUACCUGAUGAAGAAGCCAAGAAGCUUUUCCCCAAAGGAGUCUUCACGAAGGAUCUCCCAUCAGGCAAGAAGUACCUGCGUUACACCCCACAGCCCGAGUGAGCAGCUUUGCCCACCCAUGCUGUGAGCAUGGUCCUUGGGUGGUGGGAGCCUGCCUUUGCCUGAAUCCUGCCUCCCGAGCCCUGUGUGAUCAGCAGCAUCAUACUGUGACUCUCACUGACAGUGCAUCCUGAUACUAAGCCAAUCUUCCACAUCCCUUUGUCCCCCACACUCUCUCAAACUAAAACCCUGGGUGUUUUCUUACCUUGAAUCAGCCCUACAAGGAAGAGGUUAGCAGACUGGUGGUGCUCCAGUGCUCACACUGCGGGCCUUUCUCCUGUUUGGCACCAGCUUUUCCUGGCAGCAAAGUGAGAAGUGUGGUGUCAGCAGAUAGGUCACAAGGGGUGUCCUGCUGGGCCCCAUGCCUCCCAUCAGGUAGCUCCAAACUGUUUCAUGCCUUUAGGAGCAGUGGUCACUAACUUGUUAACACCUUCAUUUGUUCCCCUGUGUAGGGGAGGAGCUGCAGAGCAAAAUCUCUCACUUCUUAAUGCUUUCUCUUGCUGAAAGUUGACUGAUUGUUUUCAGCUUGUUUCAGAUUGUUUUCAGUGGAAGAGGGAAUAGAGCAAAUAAACUGGUCUUCAGUUA